CACCAAACUCACUCGCAGCUCACUAUCACUUAUCACUAUCACAAUCGCUGACUACUUAAUUCAACCCAAAAACUUUUCAUCUUGUCGCAAGCCCAAAAUAUGGACAUCGAUGAUGAUGAGGAAAUAUUGCGGACCCUCGCGCAUGGUCAACCUAUUGAUUAGUACGUUUUGCGCAUUCUUAUGAUCGCCGGGAAUGUGGAGUGUGAUGGCUUCAUACUGACUGACACUUGGGUUGUAGCUCAAUAUGGCCGAGUUUACUUGAGAGGUUGAUGAUUAGAUUGGAAAAGGUAACAAGUGCACCUCCUUUACUUUUCCAAGAUCCUAUAUGAUGCGCAGAUAGCUAACUCAGUACCAGAUUGCCAUCACGGAUUUCCAAAUUCCAAAACUUCCAACAUUCGCGCGCCCCUCUUCUCCUUCAAUCUCCCCAAGGCAAAAUACCAAUAAUGAAGACCCCUCUUCCGACUUUACGCCUUCGUUAGAAUCUCUUCCCUCGAUCUGCUACAAGCAACUUCUUGACAUACAAAAUACCUUGAACAAGACAUUUCCAACUCAUCCGCCUCAUACAAUCCAACGUCUCUCCGAGCUCCUCCUAAAUCCUACUCAGCACCACCGUUCUCUUCCCUCUUAUCUUCACGCCCUUGAUCGCGUCAUCCAUGUCACAUCCCCCAUAACCGCAUUUCCCCUCCCACCAGCCAUCCCAGACCCAAGAGUUUCUUCCUCGGUCCUCAGUAACGGAACUCCCCCUUCAGUCGAUCCUCUCAGCAUUAGCUGGAGCAAUCCUACAUCUGGAACCGCCUCCGCGAACGGAGGACUCGGUAGCGAUGAAGCAUUGGGGGGCGCAUUAUUGACACCUAUCAGUUGGUUAAAUAAGCGCGAAUCGAGCCUCACGCACAAUGGCUCAAAUGGUACGAGUUCUGGAGGCGCCUCGCCGCGUGGGGAGGUACGCACUGAGAGUACUGAAACAAUUGACGGACCAAAUGGGCCCGGUGGUGUUGAGACGGUUUCUGUAUCCGUUAAUGGAAUUUCAUCAGUUGGUUCCCAUGUAAUAAUGUCAUUGCUUCCGUCAUCCGUAUCUAGUUUAGGAGAACAGGGGUUGAGAGCAGAAGGUGGGGUUACACAGGGAGAAUUAUUGCGCCAGGAGCAGAAAGCCGGAGUGGUGCCAGCAUCGCAGUUGAGGGUGAUGCAGAGAGAACCCGACAGAGAAGAUUGGAUGGGGAGAAGAGAUGAAAAUGGAAUGGGAGAAGAGGAUGAAAUGCCACAUGCGAGAGGUCCAGAGGAAAUUGGGAUGGAGGAUAUGGGCCCCCAGGAAUGGAGAAAAGUACCGAUGACUGGAGGGGGAAUUGAUGUUGAGGCUGCCGUGGGAAGAAGGCCGGAUUUCACAGAGGAGAAGGAAGUGGGGAAAAAGACGCAAAAAGAGGAUGGUGAAGUGAUUGGAAAGUCGAAUGAAGAUGCAGAUGGAGAUGCGGUCAUGAACGUUGAGGUGAAAGAGGAAGGUGGAGAAUCAACUGCAUUGAAAAGAGCCGCGGAAGAUGAUAUUGGAAGUGAAGCUGGGGAAAAGAGAGUCAAAGAGGGGAUGGACAUUGAACCUAAUCCUGAUUCUGCGACCAAACAAGACACUGUCAGGGAAGGGGAAAAUGAGAAUGUAAUGCAAAAAGAGGAAAAUACUAUGAUGGAAACAGAUACGGAGACUGAUACGAAAACGGAGGUUGAAGACGCAAACGAAAAAGAAACAAUUUUUCGGGCGGGAGAUUUACGGACGUGUUGAUGAGGCAAUAACCCAUCUUGAGAAUAUCACGCAGAGAGUAUAAUGGCGAGCACGACGUGAGCUUAAGCAAGGGAGAACCCAGAGAGAGUGUGUGUGUGUAAAGAGAGAAGAGAAAGGUUCUUGGGAUACGAAUGAAUUGUUAGGUACCAAGCCGAUGAUACUAUAGUUAGCUAUUGUCCAAAAGAUGAAUGUAAUGUUCUGCUUGUGAAAUACUA